AUGACCCUGUCUAAUAUCCAGAUUAUUAGCCCCAUUGCCAAAGUUGUUUAUCCAACACAGCCAAAACGUGGAUCGGAAAAACCGGAAUGGGGCACAAGCUCAAUCACAUGUUUAUCGGGACCAUUAGAUCUAACCACUCAUAAUAAUAUUGCUGAAAAGCCGUUUGUAGUAUUUUCGGAUGAUUUUUUAGAAGUUCUAGGAAAGUCUCCAUCACUUCGUCUAGUUGCAGAGGAGAACAGCUUUCCAUUUGCACAUGAAGCAGGAGUAUGGAUUCCUUCUCUUAGGGAAGUGUUUUUUACGUCUAAUCAGUUCUUCGUCAAUCCAGGAGACAAGAAGAAGUCAAUUGUAAUCUCCAAGAUAAAGAUUCCAGAAAGCACAAAUGCUCCAAUUGAAGAAUACAAAUGGGAAGUUAUAAAACCAACGCCGACAAUAGUUGGCGGUAAUGGUGGUACCAAUUACAAAGACGGUGCACUAAUUUGUCAACAGGGAGCUGGUGAUACCCCUGGUGCAUUGGUACAUAUGGAAUGCAGCCCUCCUUAUAAUGGUAAAGUCUUGAUAAACCAUUUCCAUGGUAGGCCUUUCAAUGCCAUAAAUGAUGUGGUGGUUCUCCCAUUAGACGGAUCUAUCUGGUUUACGGAUCCGUCAUAUGGUGUCGUGCAGGGUCUGCGAGAGAGGAAGCACCUACCAAAUCAAGUGUAUUCAUUUGACCCAGAGACGGGAGACGUCAGGGUGGUGGCCGAUGGUAUCCACAUGCCAAAUGGUAUAGCGUUUUCACAUGAUUAUAAAGUUUGUUAUAUUACUGAUACACAGGCUUAUGAUGGUUUAGGGACAUCGGUUGCUGAUGCAGCUGCGACUAUAUACGCUUAUGAUGUGGUUCUUUCUCCGUACUCGAACCGAAACCGCAAGCCUUAUAUCCUACAGAAUAAGCGUGUGUUUGCAUUUGCCGACUGUGGAGCUCCUGAUGGAAUAAAGGUCGAUACAGAGGGUAAUGUUUAUUCCGGUUGUGAGGAUGGUGUUCAGGUGUGGAACAGCGAUGGAAUCCUAAUUGGAAAGAUUCUGGUUCCUAAUGGAGUUGCAAACUUCUGCUUCACGGACCCAGGUAGACUUGUUCUUUUCAAUGAGAACAGAAUCUUUGAAUGCCAUAUUGCCGCGACAGGUGCCCUUGUCAGGUAA